CACAACCGAAUAUGCUUCCCAAAUUUAAACGUCUGUCUUCACUCCCAAUAUCUCUCCGUCGCUAUAAAUGCAACCCUGUAGCCGCUCUUCUUGCUUGUAUCGAAUCAAGCUAAGCCAAUUGCAGUCCCGUUUAUCAGAAACGUCUUCAGAAACUUAAGUAUGGGUUUGAAGGAGGAAUUUGAGGAGUAUGCCGAGAAGGCUAAGACCCUGCCUGAGAACACCAGCAAUGAGAACAAGCUUAUUCUGUAUGGACUGUUCAAACAAGCAACCGUUGGACCAGUGAACACUAGCCGUCCCGGCAUCUUCAAUAUGAGGGACCGAGCAAAGUGGGAUGCCUGGAAAGCGGUUGAAGGAAAAUCCAAGGAUGAGGCAAUGAGUGAUUAUAUAACCAAGGUGAAACAGCUGCAAGAAGAAGCUGCUGCAUCUGCUUAAUUCAAGAACUGCCUGUCUUUCUUCCCCUUGUAACUGUGUUUGAAAAACUGGUUGAAGUUAAUAACAGCAGCAAACAUUGUGGUUUACCCUUAUUGUGCUGUAUCUUCUUCUUCCGUAUAUGAAGUUACUUGUGCCUUGAUCAGGUACAACAGGGUUUUUCUUACAA